AUGUCUCUCCUCAAGUCCUACAGCAUCGCCUCCAUCCCCGCCGAUGGCAUUGGCCCCGAGGUCGUUGAGGCCGGUAUUACUGCCUUGAACGCCCUGGCCGAUACCCUCAAGACCUUCAAGCUGGAGUUCACCAAUUACGACUGGAGCUCCGACACCUACAAGAAGACCGGAAAGUACAUCCCCGAUGGCGGUCUUGACUCCCUCAAGAAGCACGACGCCAUUCUUUUCGGUGCCGUCGGCGCUCCCGACGUCCCCGAUCACAUCUCCCUCUGGGGUCUCCGCCUGGCCAUCUGCCAGCCCUUCCAGCAAUACGCCAACGUCCGCCCCACCAAGGUCUUCCGCGGUACCCAGUCCCCGCUCCGCAACUGCAAGACCGGCGACCUCGACUGGGUCAUCAUCCGCGAGAACAGCGAGGGCGAGUACGCCGGCCAGGGCGGUCGCUCCCACACGGGCAAGCCCUGGGAGGUCGCCACGGAGACGGCCAUCUUCUCCCGCGUCGGUGUCGAGCGCAUCAUGCGCUUCGCCUUCGAGGUCGCCCAGAAGCGUCCCCGCAAGCUCCUGACCGUGGUCACCAAGAGCAACGCCCAGCGCAACGGCAUGGUCCUCUGGGAUGAGGUCGCCAAGGCCGUCGCCAAGGACUUCCCCGAUGUCACCGUCGACAAGAUGCUGGUCGACGCCAUGACCACCCGCAUGGUCCUCAAGCCCGAGACCAUCGACACCAUUGUCGCCACCAACCUGCACGCCGAUAUCCUCUCCGACCUGGCCGCCGCGCUCGCGGGCUCCAUCGGCAUCGCCCCCACCUCCAACCUUGACCCCACCCGUCAGAACCCUUCCAUGUUCGAGCCCAUCCACGGCUCGGCCUUCGACAUCACCGGCAAGGGUAUCGCCAACCCGGUCGCCACCUUCUGGACCGCCGCUGAGAUGCUCGAGUGGCUCGGUGAGGCGGAUGCCUCCCAGAAGCUGCUUACCGCCGUCGAGAACGUGUGCGAGGCCGGUGUCCUGACCGCCGAUCUGGGCGGCAAGGCCAACACCAAGGAGGUCACCGAUGCGGUGGUGGCCGAGAUCAAGAAGCUGUACGGUUGA